CUCAGGGUUAACCUACUCAAACUAGUCAAUUCUUAUUAUUUGGAAAAUCCAUAAACAAUGUCCGCUUUUUUGGGAAAAUGGAAACUCAGCGAAUCUCACAACUUUGAUGCUGUGAUGUCAAAACUAGGUGUAUCCUGGGCUACACGACAGAUUGGGAAUACUUUAACACCAACUAUGACCUUUAGUAUGGAUGGGGAUAAAAUGACGAUGCUAACUGAGUCAACAUUUAAAAAUACUACCUGUACUUUCAAAUUUGGUGAAGAAUUUGACGAGAAAACCAGUGAUGGUAGAAAUGUCAAAUCAACUGUUACCAAAGACUCUGAGUCAAAGCUGACUCAAGUUCAAGUGGAUCCUAAGAAUACAACCACAAUUAUACGUGAAGUAGAAGGUGACAUUAUGAACACGACAGUUACCGUUGGUGAUGUUACCGCUAUUCGAAAAUACAAACGAUUAUAAGUGCCGCUUAUUAUUAUU